AUGGUUUUCAAGGGGUACAACGAGGUAACAACAGACCGAGAGGCGGAAAUAGAGGAGGCAAAGGGCGAGGCGACAGAGGGCGAGGCGGCAGAGGGCGAGGCGACAGAGGGCGAGGCGGCAGAGGGGGAGGCGACAGAGGGGGAGGCGACAGAGGGGGAGGCGGCAGAGGGGGCAGAGGCGGCGGAGGAGGCGGCAGAGGCGGAGGUGGAGCCGGAGGAGGAGCCGGAGGAGGAGCCGGAGGAGGAACUGGCGGCAAAGAGGCUUGGUUUACGGAAGCAAGAUGGCAGAAACGUGACUUUGCCAGAGGAGAUGUCUGGAGUGUUCCAUACCACAUGCCGAACCUGGACGAGAGACUAG